AAAUUUCACUGGGUGCUCUAUAAACAAAGUUUAAUUAUACGAACAAAAGGAGUUGGUUUCCAACUAGUAAAAGUAGUCCCGGCGGGGCGGGGUUACGGCUUCUGACGUCUGCGUCCGGGCGCGCAGUUCAGUUUGGCGGUUCCGGAGUCGGGAGUAAGACCGGGGAAGAAUGUGGGCGCAAGUGAGCCGAGGAGCUGAGGAGUUUUACGCUCGCCUUCUUCAAGAAUUUAAUGAAGAAAAGAAAGGAAUCUGUAAAGACCCAUUUAUCUAUGAGGCUGAUAUCCAAGUGCAAUUGAUCAACAAAGGUCAACCAAACCCUCUGAAAAAUAUUCUAAAUGAAAAUGACUUAGUAUUCAUUGUGGAAAAAGUGCCAUUAGAAAAGGAAGAAACAAGUCAUGUUGAAGAACCACAAACUGAAGAAACUGCUAUUUCUGAUUUCUCUACUGGUGAAAAUGUUGGACCACUUGCUUUACCAGUUGGGAAAGCAAGGCAAUUAAUUGGACUUUACACCAUGGCUCACAAUCCUAAUAUGACCCAUUUGAAGAUUAAUCAGCCAGUUACUGCCCUUCCUCCCCUUUGGAUAAGAUGUGACAGUUCAGAUCCUGAAAGUACCUGUUGGCUAGGAGCUGAGCUCAUCACAACAAAUGACAGUAUUACAGGAAUUGUCUUGUAUGUGGUUAGUUGUAAAGCUGAUAAAAAUUAUUCUGUAAGUCUGGAAAACCUAAAAAAUUCACACAAGAAAAGACAUCACUUGUCUACUGUAACAGCCAGAGGCUUUGCCCAGUAUGAGCUCUUUAAGUCCACUGUUUUGGAUGAUAUAGUCACCCCAUCACAAACUACAAUCACUUUGGAUAUUUCCUGGAGUCCUGUCGAUGAGAUUCUUCAAAUUCCCCCACUCUCUUCAACUGCAUUUCUGAAUAUUAAAGUGGAAUCAGGAGAGCCCAGAGGUUGUUUGAAUCAUCUUCACAGAGAACUGAAAUUUGUCCUUGUUUUGGCUGAUGGUUUGAAGACUGGUGUGACUGAAUGGCUCGAGCCCCUGGAACCAAAAUCUGCUAUUGAACUUGUGCAGGAAUUUCUGAAUGACUUAAAUAAGCUGGAUGGAUUUGGUGAUCCUACAAAAAAAGAUGCAGAGACAGUGAAUCAUGACACUGCUGCAGUUGAUAGGUCCGUACUGAUCACAGUGCGGGGUGAUCUUGAUUUUGCUGAACAACUUUGGUGCAAAAUGAGCAGCAGUGUGGUUUCAUAUCAAGACUUGGUGAAGUGUUUCACGUUGAUCAUCCAGAGUCUACAACGUGGUGAUAUACAGCCAUGGCUCCAUAGUGGGAGUAACAGUCUACUAAGUAAGCUCAUUCAUCAGUCUUAUCAUGGAACCAUGGACACAGUUUCUCUCAGUGGGACUAUUCCACUUCAAAUGCUUUUGGAAAUUGGCUUGGACAAACUAAAAAAAGAUUAUAUCAGUUUUUUUGUAGGUCAGGAACUUGCAUCUUUGAAUCACUUGGAAUACUUCAUUUCUUCAUCAGUGGAGAUACAAGAACAGGUUAAUCGUGUUCAAAAACUUCACCAUAUUCUAGAAAUAAUAGUUAGUUGCAUGUUUUUCAUUCAACUUCAACAUGAGCUCCUCUUUUCUUUAACACAAUCCUGCAUAAAAUAUUAUAAACAAAAUCCUCUUGAUGAGCAACACAUUUUUCAGCUGCCAGUUAGACCAGCUGCUGUAAAAAACUUAUACCAAAGAGAAAAGCCACAGAAAUGGAGAGUGGAAAUAAAUAGCGGUCAGAAAAAGGUUAAAACAAUUUGGCAAUUGAGUGACAGUUCACCUGUAGACCAUCUGAAUUUUCAGAAACCUGAUUUUUCUGAAUUAACACUAAAUGUUAGCCUGGAAGAAAGGAUACCCUUUACUAGCAUGGUUACCUGCAGCCUGGUGCAUUUUAAGUGAAGUGAGCUGAGGAGGUCCUCCAUAAG